AUGGUUAAUAUUAAAUCACCGAAGAAAGAUAUUUCGGUUUUUUUCCAGUGCUUAGCUCCAAAACCUGAAGAGGUAUUAGAAGAUAUUGUAUUUCAUCCAGAUUCAGUUAUACUUCCACCUGUUUCAGCAGUUCCAUUUGAUUAUUAUCCAUAUUCUCCAUGUUAUAAGUAUCCGGAAGUUACAUGUAGUUACCCUUUUGUUUCUUCACCACCAUAUGCUGUUCAUUAUAUGACUAAUUUAGGAGUUCCUAGUAUCUUCCAUCCUUUAGAUAUCAGCCCAGAACAGAGAAAAAAUGUAUUUCAAAGGAACAUUGGUAAAAAUAGACAUAUUCAUGUAGAAAAAGGUGAAGAAAAUUUGGGAAAGUUCUGGUCGGCAACUUAUCCACAACGACCAGUGGGUUGUAUGGGAUAA